CAGGUCCCAAAGGCGGGGUCAGGCAGCGCGGGGAAAGAAUGGACUGCGCCACUGUGCGACGGUGGUUAUUGUUGGCGGGCGCCAACCUCAAUGUUGGCGAUUUGUGCCUCUCGACCCCAAUGAUGGCCGCCUGGAAUGUACCCAUCUACCCCUAUUCCUUUCACCACGUACACGUCUACCGCUGAUCAGGCCCGGUUCUGACAGUUCUUCAGUUCAUCCACCGGCCUAUCUCACCUCUGAGUAUCCAGCUAUGUCAGGAUUUGAGGUCGCGGGCCUUGUCCUUGGGGCGUUGCCUCUCAUUAUCUCUGCCUUGGAGGGCUAUGCCAAAGGUGCCGGGGCCAUACAACAAUGGCGAUUCUACACACGGGAGCUCAGGAUCCUGAAGAGAGGAUUGGAAACAGAGCACGUGAAGCUUCAAAACGUCUGUGAGAAGCUUCUUAUGGGUAUAGCGCAACCACCCAUCAUCGAAAAGAUGAUCGAGAAUACGUUCGGGCCCCUUUGGAAGGAAGCAGAGAAUCCAGAGAUCUACCACAAGAUCCGGCAGAGGCUAUGGAGAGCAGCACGUAUCUUUGAGGAGAAUGUCAAAGACAUGAAUCGUGCCCUUCAAGAGCUGCAAGAGAAGUUGAACGUAGGUCCGGAUGGUCAGCCUCGGUUAGAUACGCAAGGAGUCAGUUUCAGAAAGGAGCUGAAGAGGCUAUCAUUCGCCCUCAACAAGUCGGUGUAUCUGGAACUGCUGACUCGCAUACGAGAUGGAGUUUCAAGCCUAGAGGCAUUGACCUCCCAGAACUCAGACCUGGAGCCUGAGCGGAACAAACGAUCUAACGGGAGGUUAUAUCGUAUCAUGCAUUCCCUAUCCGGUGGUAUCUAUCAGGCCCUAUGUACAGCAAUGACUGCCUGUCAGUGCCCUACUUCUCAUCUUUUGGGCCUGAAACUAUCCUCACCUCCCCACACCAGCGUCAUACCGGACGAUGAGGAUGAAGAUGUGGUCAGGAACUUGUCUGUAAAGCUCGCGGUAUCUGAUCAGAACAUCGCACACGGAAAGCUCGAUCGAUUAUGGUGCUCUCUUGUGGUCAAACCCUCCAGUCGACCUCGUCAAUCUCAAAUUUACCAGCAACCGACUGCUCCUGUGGAGUCUGAACGUCCAACGAAGCGGGCCCGGAAAACCGUUAUGUUUUCCUUCUCAGAAAAUCCAGCAGCAAGGAGACCUGGACUGUUGUCGCGUUAUUCGUCCCAGUCAUCUGGAGAGGUGGAGGUAACAUCAAGGUCUUCCACCCAGACCCUGACCUUGGAUGUAACCAAGACAAAGCCGGAAGCUUCAAAUGAGGACAUCAUCAUGGAUCUUUGUGAAACUGUACGACAGCUCCCCAGCCUACAAGCAAGCGGUUGUUGCGGCCAUAUCACCGGACCAGCGGCAGUCGACGCAUCGGCAACAGAAAGAUACGGUCUCUAUGCACUAGGUCAUCUCCUUCCCUCGGACAGCUUUGGCCAAUGCUCAUUCAUAUCUCUCCACGAAGUAUUGACCGAGCAGCUCACUGCUCCUGCUCCUUUCUACGACGAGGACAGGCUAAGACUUGCCUACAUCCUGGCAUCCAGCGUUCUUCAACUGGCAGGAACCCCCUGGCUCACAACCAAGGUGACAACGAAGGACAUCUUUCUCAUCCGAUGCAACGGCACAACGCAUUUACAAGAAGCCAUCGUCGUCAGACAACUUCCCGCACCAUCGGAUCUCAUGCAACUUGAUGCGCAGCCGCCACAAGACUAUUCCUGGGCAUCAUCCUCAUCGAGAUCAUGCUCGGCACACCAUUUGAUAGCUUCCGCGAGUCCCAUACCAAACAGCAUGGUCCUUCAACGCUGGGAUCGUUCUUCUCCGACUACGAGACAGCAACAACGCUGCUUGGCAGGCUCGAGACCAAAGGCGGCCCAAACUACAAGCGCGCUGUUGAACGAUGCAUCAAGUGCAAGUUUCCCCCGCCGAAGCCAAACCUCGACGGUGAUGAAUUCAGGAGACUUGUGUAUGGUCAUGUGGUAGCACCGUUGGAAGAGGAUCUGAAGGAAUAUUGUUGAGCUACACUCCACGCACGCCCAAAAACUCCCCAGGUACGCCCUUCAAG